AUGGGAAGAUCACCUUGCUGUGACAAGAAUGGACUCAAAAAAGGUCCAUGGACACCUGAGGAAGAUCUCAAACUUACCAACUAUAUUCAAACUCAUGGACCAGGAAAUUGGCGAACCCUCCCCAAGAAUGCUGGUCUCCAAAGAUGUGGCAAGAGUUGCCGCCUUCGAUGGACAAAUUACCUGAGGCCUGAUAUCAAGAGAGGAAGAUUCUCCUUUGAAGAAGAAGAGACCAUUAUUCAGCUACACAGUGUCCUGGGAAACAAGUGGUCAGCUAUAGCAGCUCGGUUACCAGGAAGAACAGACAAUGAAAUAAAGAACUAUUGGAACACCCACAUUAGGAAGAGGCUACUUCGAAUGGGAAUCGACCCUGUUACUCACGCUCCACGUCUUGAUCUACUUGACAUGUCUUCUAUCCUCAGGUCAGCAUUAGGUAACCCAUCUUUUCUGAAUCUGCAAGGCCUAUUGGGUGCUCAAGCGUUGGUGAACCCAGAGUUGUUAAAGCUGGCUGCCACUGCCUCUCUGUUAUCUAUGAAGAAUGACAACCAAGACUUGGUUUCACAGAAUCUACAACAAAUCAAUGGUGGGAAUUUUCAUGUACAAGGCCAAGUUGCCCCACCACUAGAGAUCAUGAGUCAGUUUCAGACACCAACUCAAAGCACCAACGUUAUAAACAUGAACUGUUCAAGUUCCCCGGAGAAUUCAAUUCCUUCUUACCUUGGGGAGAACCUCAAUAUUUCUCAGCAAAACCAAGUUGAUUUGCUACAGAACCCGGAAUUAGUACAUUGCAUAAACGAUGCAUACCAAAACAUAGGCUAUGAAUCAGUUCUGUCUACACCUAUAUCGACUCCAACCCCAUUAAAUUCAUCAUCCACUUAUGUGAAUAGCAGCACCGAGGAAGAGAGGGACACCUAUUGCAGCAACGUAUUCAAUUUAGAAAUUCCAGAGAGUCUGAACAUUGAUGACUUCUUGUAA